GUCGUCACAGUGGAGAGAGAACACGGGAGAGCAAAGCAGAAGGCAAACACUUCCGUCGCAUCGUCUUCGGCAGCUCCGAUCUCCCCAACGCUUCCGCCGCGGGCGCCGCAAGCGGAUGGCUGAUAGUGGCGGUGCUGCCUCCCCCUUGGAUACCACCACCGGCCGUCGAGUUAAUUCCAACCCUUCGCCCUCCCUGGACGGCGCCUUCCUCCUCCAACUCCUCCAAAACCCCCCGCAACCCUCCCGACCCUCCGCCUCCCACUCCUCUUCCUUUCCCCACCAAUGGUUCGACCCCGCCGUAGCUGCCGUCGGGCCCAUCGACUGCGACCCUCGCCCCACUCCGCCGCCGCCUGGCCACUUCUCGGCGCCCGUCCUCUUCCACUCCCCUCCAUUGUCCUUGCCUCAAGGCCUGCCGCCGGCCCUGUUUCCGCCGCCGGGAUUCUUUCCUCUCGGUGGCGGUGAUGCCGCCAGCUCCUCCCGUGGUCCAGGUAAUCAACCCUUCUUUCCUCUUGACCAACAGAGAUUAGGGGUUUCCGCUGGCGUCGUCCAUCCUCUUGCUGCCUCCCCUCCAAGUAGCGAUCUUGUUGGAAUUCUUGGUCACCCGCCCAAUGAUAGGAAUCUCGUGGAUCAGACGGCGCCAAGAAGGAAUAUUUCGAGCUCUCGGGGCAGAGAAGAUCGGAGUUCUUUGAGACCCCCACCAGGAUUUCAGAAGUUGCAGAAUGGCAAGAAAUCAACGAGUCGGAGUAGUGAUGGCGGAGAGAUUCAGUGGAAGCCGCGGGUUGACAGAUCCAUUGGGUCUAUUCAUAGGAGCCAUCAGUUCCACACCGACGAAUCUAAUCAGGACGCAGAGCGUCAGGCUAUCAAAGAAGAAAACGGAGAUAGAAUGCACAAGCUGGAGAUCAGAAACCAGGGUACACACGUUUCUUUUUACACCAAAAGCAAAGGUUCAGGUGACGAGGAUAAAUUAUGGGAAUCACAGAUGAAUUCUACAACGUUGAAGGUUGAUCGUGAAGUCAACAAUGUCAUGACACAUAUAAGCAGUUCGGGGUCUAAGGACUCUAGGUCAGAUCAUUUUAGAGGGCAUCAUGUAUCAACUCAACGAAUGAGGAUUCAGAGAAGGGCAAUCCGAUGCCGCCAUGACAUGGAGGCAUUGAAUUCCAGUUUUCUUUCAAUUUUUGAGUCAUUAGUACCUGCAGAAGAAGAAAAAGCCAAGCAGAUGCAAUUUUUAAUAUCACUGCAGAAUUUGGUGAAUAAAGAAUGGCCAAAUGCUAAGCUUCACCUUUAUGGAUCAUGUGCUAACACUUUUGGAGUCUUGAAGAGUGACAUUGAUGUCUGUCUAGCGAUUGAUGAUCAUGACUUGAGCAAAUCUGAUAUUUUGCUAAAGUUAGCAGAUCUUUUACGGUCUGGUAACCUGCAAAAUGUCCAGGCACUAACUCAUGCUAGGGUCCCUAUACUGAAGUUGAUUGAUCCAGUUACCGGACUUUCUUGUGACAUAUGUGUGAAUAAUCUUUUAGCAGUUGUUAACACAAAGCUCCUGAAGGAUUAUGCACAAAUAGAUAAAAGAUUACAACAAUUGGCUUUCCUCGUGAAACACUGGGCCAGGUCACGCCGUGUCAAUGAAACAUAUCAAGGGACACUUUCUAGUUAUGCCUAUGUGCUAAUGUGCAUUCACUUUCUACAACUUCGCAAACCUGCAAUUCUUCCAUGUUUACAGGCAAUGGAUACAACUUACACUGUUACCAUAGAUAAUACUAAGUGCACUUACUUUGAUCAAGUGGAAAGGCUACGCGCUUUUGGUGUGAGGAAUAAGGAAAGUAUUGCACGGCUGCUAUGGGCAUUCUUCCAUUACUGGGCAUAUCAUCAUGACUACACAAAUGAUGUUAUAUCUAUUCGCACAGGAAGCAUAAUUAGUAAGCAAGCAAAGGAUUGGACAAGACGGAUUGGGAACGAUCGACAUUUAAUAUGCAUAGAGGACCCAUUCGAUAUCUCGCACGACCUCGGUCGUGUGGUUGACAAGUUCAGCAUCAAAAUCUUGAGGGAGGAGUUCGAACGAGCUGCGGAUAUAUUGCAAUACGACACAAACCCCUGUGUCACCCUUUUCCAGCCAUACGCAGCGGUAUCACCCUCCAGUUGAAUUCAUUGGAGUCUGACAAAAUGUUCCUUUAGGCUCCCACAGUUUAUUUAACUUCGGUUAGUAGGAGCAGUUUUCUCUUCUUGGCUCCGUAGUGCAUAGACUUGAGGUAUUCUUCACAUUGUUGUAAAUUAUUUGCUGCCCAUUGCAACAACAUAUAGGGUGCUGGUGCACAAGGUUUAAGAAGUCGCGUAGUAAAUGCUGAUUUGAUAGAAACCGGAUGGCAGAUCAUGCGUGGUUCGAGUCAUUCAGGAUUUUUUUAUUAGAAAAAGUUCUAUGUAACUCCCAUCUCUAUCUUGAAUUGUUAACCAUCUCUAUGUAACUCCCAUCUCUAUCUUGAAAAAGAAAUGUAUAACUCUGACCUAUAUGUUUCAAAUCAAACGUGAUAGAAAUUUUA